AUGGGCAAUAAUCGCUGGAUCCGCAACAGUCUCAUCUAUCUGCUCAUCAUUAUCGGAGUCAUAGUAGUUUUCUACACGCUGAUUCCGAGCUUCGGUAGUAGCGAACAACUUUCUAUUACCGAUGUCUUCAACGAUGUGCGGAGUGGCAAGGUCGAUCAGAUCAUCGUGGAUGGCGAAAAACUCACCGUCAUCCCUCGGACUACCAUCGGUGGCGAGGCCACCAAGUACACCAGCCGUAUCGGCGAAAACGCUGAUUUCUAUACGCUGCUCAACGAAGCCGUCGACCUUGACCGCCUCACCAGCCCGCCCAAAGUGGAUUACAAAGGCUCGGGCGGAUUCGGCAGCAUUUUCGGCAUCCUGCUCAACUUCCUGCCCCUGAUAUUCUUCGGCGGCCUCAUCCUUCUGAUGAUGCGCCAGGCCCAGGGAUCCAACAAUCAGACCAUGAGUUUCGGGCGCAGCCGCGCUCGCAUGAUGCCGUUCAACCGGCCCUCGGUUACAUUCAACGACGUGGCCGGAGUCGACGAAGCCAAAGCCGAGCUCGAAGAAGUCGUCGAUUUCCUCAAAUAUCCCGAACGCUUCCUGUCCCUCGGCGCCCGCAUCCCCAAGGGCGUGCUCCUGGUGGGUCCUCCCGGCACCGGUAAAACGCUGCUGGCACGGGCCGUCGCUGGCGAAGCCGGCACACCGUUCUUCCAUAUUUCCGGGAGCGAAUUCGUCGAGAUGUUCGUAGGCGUCGGCGCGGCCCGCGUCCGUGACCUGUUCGAACAGGCCAAGCGCAACGCUCCGUGCAUCCUCUUCGUAGACGAGAUCGACGCCGUCGGUCGCCACCGCGGCGCCGGCCUGGGCGGUGGACACGACGAACGCGAGCAAACCCUCAACCAGAUCCUGGUUGAAAUGGACGGCUUUGAAACCAACACCAACAUCAUCGUCAUCGCCGCCACCAACCGGCCCGACAUCCUGGACCCCGCCCUGCUCCGCCCCGGUCGUUUCGACCGCCGCGUAACGCUGGACCUGCCCGACGUUGUCGGUCGCGGUGCGAUCCUGAAAGUGCACGUCGCGGGUAAACCCCUGUCCAAUGAAAUCAGCAUUGAGAUCGUCGCCCGCGAGACUCCCGGAUUCAGCGGCGCCGACCUGUCCAACCUGGUUAAUGAGGCCGCGCUCCUCGCCGCCCGUAAGAACCAGUCCAGCAUCUUCAUGGCCGACUUUGAGGAGGCCAUCGAGCGCGUGAUCGCCGGCCCCGAACGCAAGAGCCGUGUCAUCAGUCAGCGCGAAAAAGAAAUGACCGCCUACCACGAAGCCGGUCAUGCCCUCGUCGCCUGGUUGCUUCCCCACGCCGACCGCGUCCACAAAAUCAGCAUCGUCUCCCGCGGCAACAUGGGUGGACACACCACGUUGCUCCCCGAUGAAGACCGGUAUCUCUGGACCAAGAACCAGUUCCAGGACAUGCUCGGUGUCAUGAUGGGGGGUCGCGUCGCCGAAGAGUUGAUCUUUGACGAAGUUACCACCGGAGCCAGCAACGACAUCGAACGCGCCACCAAAACCGCCCUCGGUAUGGUCAAACGCUACGGCAUGUCCUCCAGCCUCGGCCCGCGCACCUUUGGCAAACGGGAAGAGCUGGUGUUCCUGGGACGCGAAAUCAGCGAAGAACGGGACUACGGCGACAAAAUCGCAGAAGAGAUUGACGUCGAAGUGCGCCACCUUAUCAAUAGCGCCUACCGGCAGGCCCAGCAGCACCUGAUGGAUUACAAACCCAAGCUGGUUCAAAUCGCCGAAUAUCUCAUCGAGCACGAAGCUAUCUCCGGAGAUGCCUUGCGCCGUCUCUUCAACGACGACCCGCCCGGCAUCGAAUCGGAACCCGCCCGGCCAAUCCCGGCGCCAUCGCCUUACGCACCGCCGGCCCCGCCGGUCACCCACGGCGAUCCGCUCCCCCAAUCCGGCCCCUUCAUUCGGCAGUUCGGCCACCAACGAUCCAGCAUCGGGAGUGCCGCCCGCCGCCGACUAGCCUAUCGAAUUACCCCCUCUCCCUUGAUGGGAGAGGGUUGGGGUGAGGGUGAAAACCCCGCCGACGUUACGACUUGGGCGACCCCCCCAUUCAUCCUGAGCCCGUCGAAGGACCCCCUUUCCCUCGAUGGGAGAGGGUUGGAGCCUGCCCCGUACUUGAUACGGGGGUGA